AGGGGCUGGAAAAAAGGGCUUUUCCCCCUAAUAAAAGACCUCACAAGAAGAUAUCGUAUUUGUAUCUUAGUGCUUUUGGAAACCCGUAUUGGUGGACUGCGUGCAAAGCAAGUGGCUAAAAGCCUAGGGUUCUCAAAUUUUUUUAUUUCUGACCCGAUUGGUUUUUCAGGAGGCAUAUGGAUUCUUUGGAAUUCAUCAGAAGUGAAUAUCCAAGUUCUGCAUACUGAUCAUCAAUUUAUUCAUUCAAAGAUAAGCUGGCUUAAUUAUCAUAAGCAGGAAUUUUUCACCUUUGUUUAUGCUAGUCCUCGGCGUCAAGAGCGUCAUGCUCUAUGGGAUGCUUUGGAGAAUAUUCAGCCGCAAAAUAAUAAUGAAUGGUGCAUUAUGGGUGAUUUUAAUACUUACAUUCACUCGGAGGAGAAGAGGGGGAGUUCAGUUCACAAUUGGAGGAGCAUGCAGGAUUUUCAAGAUUGUCUUAUGUCUUGUCAUCUUAGUGAUCUGGGGCACCAAGGUCCGAGUUUUACUUGGAGAAGAGGUAAUCUUUUGGAGAGACUUAAUCGUGCUUGUGUAAAUCAAAGCUGGAACAUGUCAUUUCCGAACAGAGUUAUCUCUCACCUUCCUUUUUAUAACUCUGAUCAUCGUCCAAUCCUUCUUUGGGAUGGACAACCAAAUUUUAGUAAUGGAGGGGCUCGUCCUUUUCGUUUUCUAGCGGCUUGGUUGACUCAUAAUUCUUUCUCUGAUCUAGUGAAGAGGUGCUGGGCAGGUGGUCACAAUUGGAAAGCAUCUAGUGAAAACUUUCGAGAGAAAGCCACAUCCUGGCAUAAGGAUUGUUACAAGGAGGAGGAGAAGUUAAAAAAUAAUCUUCAUUCUCGCCUCCGUGGAAUUGAUUAUAGCUUAAGUCAUUCUCUGGAGAGGCUGCAGAAAGAGAUCUGGCAACAGUUAAAUACUAUUUAUCUUAGAGAAGAGAUUACAUGGUACCAAAGAUCUAGAACUGACUGGAUUCGGUUUGGUGACCGUAAUACUAAAUUCUUCCAUUCAGCAACAGUUGCCAGGCGUAGGAGGAAUAGGAUUGAUGCCCUUCAAAAUGAUGUCGGGGAUUGGAUUGCUGACCCUUCUCUUCUCAUGAGUAUGGAAGUGGAAUACUAUGAUAAUUUAUAUAAGGAAGAUAUUCCUCUCCGGCCUAAUUUUCCCAUUAGGAACAAAUUCCCAGAAAUGGAAAGGAGAGUUAUGAUGGCUCUUGAGAGCUGCCCUAGUAGUCAAGAGAUUAAAGAAGUAGUGUUCUCAAUGGGGCCUUUUAAAGCGCCUGGUGUUGAUGGUCUUCAUAGCAUAUUUUUUCAAAGCCAAUGGGAUGUAGUGGAGAGCUCUGUUUGUAAUUUCAUUAAGGGAGUCUUCAAUGAUCCUAGUCGUAUAGAAAAAGUGAAUCAGACUCUUCUUUGCUUGAUUCCUAAACUUGAGAAUCCUCAUACUUUCAAGGAUUUUCGUCCGAUUAGCUUGUGUAAUGUUAUUUAUAAAACGGUAACAAAAAUUGUUGCUAACCGUUUAAAAUUGCAUAUGGACAAGCUGGUGAUGCCUAAUCAGUGCAGUUUUAUCAGAGGUAGACAAGGUACGGAUAAUGUCAUAAUUGCUCAAGAGCUAAUCCAUUCAAUGAGGAAAAAGAGAGGAUCUAAAGGUUGGAUGGCGAUCAAGGUUGAUCUUGAGAAAGCAUACGAUAGGAUCAAAGCUUCUCAGGAGCAAGUGUUAAUAAUUCAACAGGCCUUACAUAUAUUUUGUGAUUCAUCUGGUCAAAAAGUCAAUCAUAGUAAGACUAGAGUUUUCUUUUCUCAGAAUGUGGGUCAUACUCAAACAAACCAUCUUAGUGGGCUUCUUGGUUUUUCUUUGACUGCGGAUCUUGGAAGAUACUUGGGAAUUCCUUUGCAUCAUAAGCGAGUGGGUCGGUCAUCUUUCUCUUAUGUUUUGGAUCGAAUGAAUUCUAGAAUUGCUGCUUGGAAUCAUGCCAGUCUAUCUCUAGCAGGUCGUGUUACAUUAUCUAAAGCAGUGUUAUUACCAAUCCCAUCAUAUCCAAUGCAGGUGUGUUCAUUACCGCAAGUCACCUGUGAAGAGAUUGAUAGGAAGAUUCGAAAUUUUGUUUGGGGUUCAUCUCCACACUCUAGACGUUCUCAUCUUGUGUCCUGGAAGCAGAUUUGCAUGGAUAAAAAAAAUGGAGGCCUUGGACUGCGGAGUAUGAGGGAAAUGAACUCAGCAUUUAUCAUGAAGGUUGGGUUCAACCUCGUAGCUCAUCCAGAUGCCUUGUGGUCAAAGUUCUUACGUGCUAAGUACAAUGUGAAGGCAGGCAUGACACCAAUUAUUCAUGCUCCAAACAACAGCUCCCAGCUUUGGAAGGGAAUUACGCGUCAUUGGAAUAUUAUAAUGGAUCAUAGUCGGGUGCAGUUAGGCAAUGGUCAGUCCACUAUGUUCUGGCUUGAUAGCUGGCUGCUCGAUUGUGGUCCUUUGAUCUCAUAUGCGGGUUCUCAGUUUUCUAUUAGUGAUACUCUUCAGAAGGUGGUGGACUACGUGGAUGAAUUGGGGCAAUGGAAAUGGAAUUCUCUUCGACAAUUGCUUCCAGAUUCUGUGCUGCAUCGAUUUAUGAAUUUUCUUCCUCCUUCUAGUCAAGAUGGCCAGGAUCAUUUAAUUUGGAAUGGAACGACAGAUGGCAAGUUUACUGUUAAGUCAGCAUAUGAAAUAUUAGCCAUCAAAGAUACUACAAUCCAACAGUUUCCUUGGGAAAGUGUUUGGAGAUGGCAGGGGCCAGAAAGAAUUCGCUUUUUUCUUUGGUUAAUGGCAGGGGAGAAGCUGAUGACUAAUGUUUGUAGACUCCGCCGCCAUAUGGCUCUUUCAGAUCUGUGUCCUAGAUGUAAUAAGUCUAGUGAAACUAUCCUUCAUACUAUUCGCGACUGUCCACAAUCAAAGGAAGUGUGGAAUUCUUGGGUUUUUGAAGGUGAUCGCCAGAAUGCUUAUUCACUUAUCCGUUCAGCAAUUGGUUUCAGAGAUAGUGUCGCUCUUGCAGCUAACCCUGUUUUUGGAGCGGGCAAUCAACCAAGGAAUCGAAUAGAGAGAUUGGUUGCUUGGUGUUGUCCUCCUGUGGAUUGGGUUAAGCUUAAUGUUGAUGGUGCAUGUGAUGCUAAUGGUACUAGGACUGGGUGUGGAGGAGUUUUUCGAGAUGCCUCAGGAACUUGGAUCGUCGGAUUCUGUAAAAAUUUAGGCUCAGGUACAGUUUUGCAUGCUGAGUUAUGGGCUUGCUUGGUUGGUUUGGAGCUAGCUUGGGAUAGAGGUUUUAGGCAAGUUUGGCUCGAAGGAGAUUCUCUUUCAGCUCAACAGCUCAUUACAAAUGGGUGCCACCAUGAUUACCCUGCGGCUAAUUUGGUGAAUCGUAUUCGAAAUUUGAUGCAGCGAGAUUGGCAGAUUUAUAUGUCUCACAUUCACCGUGAAGGAAAUAGAGUAGCGGACUUUCUAGCCUCUUACUCUUAUGGUUUCUCUUGGGUAAUUCAGGAAUUUGAUUGUCCACCGUCAGGUUGUAUUGAUAGUCUGUAUGGUGACACUAUAGGUGUUCACUGGUCUAGGCUUUGUGCCUAG